AUGAGUUUCUCGGGAAAGUACCCUGUUUUGUUUUUACUAGAGGAUAUUCACUCUACAAAAGAAAUUUUUACUCAAAGAACAGCACUCUUCGGAACCCUAGCAUACUCUCAACAAACAACAGUUGAAGCUCGUGAUCAGCAAAUGGAAUCAUAUAAGAUAGUAGACAAGCGCCUGUAUUUCAGCUGUUUCAGUCCUUUCGUUGACAGAAGAGUCACAGACAAUUCACCCUUGCAUACGUGUCAGACCUUUCCAACGCCAGGCGUCAUGAAGAUAAUUUUCCUGGUACUGAUGUUGGUGUCCCUCCUGUUCCUCGCGGCCGACGCUGCGCCCCAGCUGGUCAUCACCCGCAGGAGACAUUUCCCCGGCGAGAGGCGACUCGGGAGCACCAACUACGGCCAGUACAGCUUCGGCAAGAGAGGCUACGCGAGACGAACCAAUCCAGGUGUGUGCUUGCUAUAUUUCUCUGUUGAAGUUUCGUCUAGUGAUUUUUUUUUCGGUCUAUAUCCAUCUGUCUCUCUGUUAGUUUAUAGAACUGAUAAUAUCUGCAUCUGUCUAUCAAUGUAUGUCUCCUUAUAUCCGUUCUCUGUAUGCCUAUUAACCUAUAUUACACAGACGUUUCCUGGUGUGAAGCAGUACAUUCUAGUAGAGUCUGGUUGA